AUGGACGAUUUGGUCAUCGUCGCUGCCGGCGGGGCCACGCCCGUCUCGCCCGGCAGUCCCACGAAUACCCGUCAUGCUCCCAACGGGCCUCCCAAAAGGAAGCACAGCACAAUGGCCUUGGACAGCAGCCCUGGCAGCAAUGUAGGUCACGACGACGAAAAUGGCGAGCCAGAUUCUAAAAAACGCCAGCCCGGCGUGAAACGCGCUUGCAACGAGUGCCGUCAACAAAAGUUGCGAUGCGACGUUGUGCAAGAGCCCUUUCAGAGUUGUUCUCGGUGUAAUCGUCUCAAGCUCGACUGCAAGAUUGAGUCAAACUUCAAGCGUGUCGGCAAGCGUUCGAAGCACGCCGAGAUGGAGAAGGAAAUCGACAGAUUGCGCCGCAACAUUGCACGCGCCCAAAACCAGGGCUACACCAUCGACGAUGACGACCACGACCUUCAGUCUCCCAUCGCAACGAGCGUGUAUACCCACACCCGGAACCCCUCUCUUAUGGGCUCCGAUGAGGCGGUAUCCUCGCUGCUACACCUCAAGAGGGGCGGGUCCUACAGUUUACCGCGCUACACACACGAGCUCGAGAAUGUCCGUCUGACCGAAGAGUCCGUAAAUCAGCUAUUCAACGAAUUCUUCGCAUUCUACCAUCCUUUCCUGCCAUUCCUCAACCCUCAACAGUCACCCGACCAGUACUUUCAACAACACGCUCUGCUGUUUUGGUCAAUCAUCUCGGUUGCUGCUCGUCGGUAUAGCGCAGACCCCACGCUGCUGACCUCGAUAUCAGGGCCUUUGACAAGGUUGCUAUGGUCAACCAUUGGAGACGUCCCCAGCAGCUACUUUGUUGUCAAGGCUCUGUGUUUGCUGUGCACAUGGCCUCUGCCAACAAGCACGACAAGCGCUGAUCCGACACAUAUUCUGUGCGGUGUCAUGAUGAAGGUUGCGACGGGUAUUGGCCUUCACAGGCCCAACCACAGUCAAGACUUUUCUCGGGUAUCAGUCGAUCUCAACAAAGAACAACUGCAUGACCGCGUAACAACAUGGGCUGUCUGCAACAUAGUCGCCCAAAGCAUCGGUACUGGCUAUGGUCAACCGGCCUCGACCCUCUACGAUUGGACACUUGCUGUUCGUCGGGGAGAGGACGGGCCGUUUCGGUUGACCCCCGAAUUAGAGGCCAGGCUCCAGGUAGAACGUUUUUGCGAUAAGGUCUCUAAGGAGAUGUACAGCAAUGCCAGUGAUCCUCGGGGGGUCGCCGGUGACGAGCAUCGAGCCAUGUUGAUGCGGGUGUACCGGAAGGACUUCAACGAACUCCAGGCAUCCAUCCUCUCGCAACAAUUGGGGCCCAUUGUGAAUCUUCAUAUGCGGGCUGCCGCCCUUCACCUGCGCUUGGCUGGCUUCUUUGAUUCGAGUACGACACCAGGCUACAUCGACGAUCUUAUGGGACUCUGGAGAGCCACGACGAGUUUCCUGGACAAUAUCCUUGAGGUCGACAAGGUCACAUCACCCGGGCAGAACUCUCCCGGACAGAUCUUGCUAUAUGCGACAAACUACAUCCAGCAGAUGCUGAUUGCGGCAGGAUUUGCUCUGCUCAAGCUUAUGCGGUCGUUUUUUGCAAAGACAAUCGACUAUGAUCGCGGCCGCAACCUCUUCCAUCAGACAAUCAACGCCAUCCGCGCGACAAGCGUUGUAAACAACGACCUCCAGUGGCGCUUAGCCGAGCUGAUGGUGCAAAUGUGGAAUGGAGCCCGGCUUGACAGCAACAGCACGGCAUCUUACGAUAACGACGACUCUCCACUGCACAUUGACGAUACAUUGCAAUUGAAGGUGCGCUGUCGCCACAGCAUGAGUCUCGUGUUCGACUCUGUCUGGCGAUGGAGAGAAGAGUACCAAGCCCAAGGUAGAGGCUCGAUUGACGCGAACGAGUCCUCAGCGUCAUCGACCCAUUUGGACAGUACUCUCAUGCCGGCCACCCAAGGGCUGCAAGCGAACAGCCUGCUUUCUACCAACGGAGCUCUUACCCCAGGCCACUCUGGCGGAAUCGGCAGCCAGGCACCCAGCAACAGCAUGCUGAGUGGCCUCAAUUACGGCGAAACCAAUUACGACUUCUUUGACCCGCAGCACUGGAUGUUGGAUGGCCUACUGGACUUCAACUACAACUUUGUGCAGCCUCUCGAGGGCGCGUAG